AUGGGUGACUCGCGCGCACAUAUUGACCAAGACUUUAUAUUCCCUCCAUUCGACGACCUGUGCAUGGAGGAGAACGGAGCAUCCAGCACCGUACAACCUCCCUCUGAUACCAUUCUGCAGACCUCGGACGAUGUCUCCUUUUACGUCCAUCGCACAUUACUGGAUAGCAAAUCUAACAACAACUUUGGAGGGCUCCUUGUUUAUGGUGUGAUGUGUGCUCUCAGAGGUGCACGGAGUCUGUACAUGCUCGAAGAAACGGCAUCUGUUCUAAACAUUGUGCUUCAUAUCCUAUAUGGAAUCUCCUCUCGUAGAUACUGUCCUGACAUUCCUGUCAUAUCCCAAGCAUUCGACAUGUUGAUCAAAUACGGUUGUCCGCUUUCAACGUGCGUUUUGUCCAAGUCGGAGAUAUUUGUCGACUUGGUGUCCCAUGCAUCAGAUCCAGAGUCGGACCCCCUCGAGAUGUACACACUUGCCGCGUCAAAGGGGUUCGAAGAGCUUGCAGUCCCAUGUUCAUCGUUUGCGCUUCGCACGCCCAUCUCAUCUAUCGAGAAUGACGCUGCAAUUGCAAUGGGGGCAAUUUACCUCUGGCGACUGGUGAAACUGCAUAACGAGCGAAGGCAGACGCUAAAGAGGCUGCUUCUUCAGCCGCCUAGGGCACAUGAAGACACGACUGCAUGCGAUAAGGAACGGAGGAACGGCGUUAUAAGGGCGUACGGGCUUACCGCGGGCUAUGCUGCGUUGCAGCCAACGGUCAUGGUGACGGGGGAUUGGAUCGGGGAUGUAUUUGAGAAGAUGAUUCAGAACGUUGGGUGUGGACUGUGUCGAGACGACGUGCGCUCGAAGGUUCAGAGCAUUAUCGCUUGCUGGGCGAAUGCGAAAAGGACGAUUUGA